AUGGCGACGUGGCGGCGGGACGGCCGGCUGACGGGCGGCCAGCGGCUGCUGUGCGCCGGCGUGGCGGGGGCGCUCAGCCUGAGCCUCACUGCGCCGCUCGAGCUCGCCACCGUGCUGGCCCAGGUCGGCGCCCGGCGGGGCCGGGCCCGGGGGCCGUGGGCCGAGGGGCUCCGGGUGUGGCGCGCCGAGGGGCCCCGGGCCCUGUGGAAGGGGAACGCGGUGGCGUGCCUGCGCCUCUUCCCCUGCAGCGCCGUGCAGCUCGCCGCCUACCGCAAGUUUGUCAUGCUGUUCACGGAUGACCUGGGCCAUAUUUCCCAGUGGAGAUCUAUUAUGGCGGGGAGUCUCGCAGGCAUGGUUUCCACUGUUGUGACCUACCCUACAGACCUCAUCAAAACCCGGCUGACUGUGCAGAACCUGCUGGAACCAUCUUACCGAGGGAUCUUCCAUGCUUUUUCUACUGUCUAUCAACAAGAAGGGUUCCUAGCCCUUUACCGAGGGGUUUCCCUUACUGUUCUAGGUGCUCUCCCGUUCUCUGCCGGCUCCCUUCUCGUUUACAUGAACCUGGAGAGAAUCUGGAAUGGACCCCGAGAUCGGUUCUCUCUCCUCCAGAACUUUGCCAACGUCUGCCUGGCCGCUGCAGUAACCCAGACCCUCUCCUUUCCUUUCGACACAGUGAAGAGAAAUAUGCAGGCUCAGAGCCCGUGCCUUCCGCACCGUGGAGGAGUGGACGUCCAUUUCUCAGGAGCGGUGGACUGCUUCCGGCAGAUAGUCAAGGCCCGAGGGGUCCUGGCGCUCUGGAACGGACUGACACCCAACUUGCUAAAGAUAGUUCCGUAUUUUGGAGUUAUGUUUGGCACCUUUGAGUUCUGCAAGAGAAUCUGUCUCUACCAAAACGGUUACACUGUGUCUCCUCUGAGCUAUCAGCUGACCCCAGGGGUGGAUCAGAGUUUGAAGCCCCAGGAAUUACGGGAAUUUAAAAAGUUCUUCAAAACCAGACAGCUGAAGUCUAAGAAACCAACUCUUUAA